AUGUCACAAUCACCAGAGGAGAAAACAACAAACCCUAACCCUGAUAAUAAUUCAAAGCCACCACCAAAACCAAUACCAACAUCCUUAAACAGAAAAACCAGAACCAUAAGCUUGCCAGAGUUGUGGUUCAAAGGACAAGCAUUAAAGCAUGUAACUUUGAAAAUGAAAUCUCUCUCAAAUAGCCCACUUGCAUCACCUCCAUCUGACCCAGAAAAAAAUUUAGGCUUCCAAUCUCUUGACCCCACCCGACCGGAUUACUCCUCCCUUCUCUCUGACGAGCUUCUCCUUCAAGUCUUCAAUAAACUUCCAAUUUCACAGUAUGUUUCUAACUCUCUUGUUUGUAAAAGAUGGUUGUUACUUCAUGGACGUUUGGUGCAAUCAAUAAAGAUUACAGACUUUGGUUUUGUUAAUUCGGGUCGGAUUUUUACCCGGUUCCCUAAUUUGGAAAAUAUUGAUAUUGCUCUUGCCUGUAUUAAAAUGCCUAGGAAUUCUGGGAUUUUGAUUACUAGGAAUAAUUUGUCUGUUUAUGUUGGUACUAAGUUGUUGUCUGAUGGGUUUAUUGAAGAGAAUGAUUUGUUGUCGUUAGAUUUGAUUGAUAAUGGGAUUGAAUUGAUUAGUAAAUGGUAUCCUAAUUUGAGGAGAAUUAUUGUAUUUGGUACCAGCGGAAAUGGUUUGUUGAGUGUUUCAAACAAGUGCGAAAUGUUGCAAGAAUUGGAGUUGCAUUGUUGUGGGGAUAUGUCUUUGAAGGGGAUUUCCGGGUGUAGGAAUUUGCAAGUACUGAAAUUGAUUGGUCGCAUUGACGGGUUCUAUAAUUCGGUGGUGAGUGAUAUCGGGUUGACGAUUUUAGCUCAAGGGUGUAGGAGGUUAGUGAAGCUUGAGUUAUGUGGGUGUGAAGGGAGCUAUGAUGGGAUUAAGGCGAUAGGGCAGUGUUGUCAAAUGCUUGAAGAAUUGACCAUCAAUGAUCAUAGAAUGGAUGGUGGUUGGCUGGCUGCAUUAUCGUUUUGUGAAAAUUUGAAGACUUUGAGGUUGCAGUCAUGUAAGUGUAUUGAUGCAAGUCCUGGACUGGUCGAACAUUUGGGAUCUUGCCCUACACUUGAAGAGUUGCAUGUGCAGCGGUGUCAGAUGAGGGAUAAGCAAGCGGUGCAGGCUUUGUUUUUUGUUUGUGAGGCUGUUAGGGAAAUUGUUUUGCAGAACUGUUGGGGAUUGGAGGAUGAGUUGUUUUCUACUGCAAGUGUUUGUAGGAGGGUAAGGCAUUUGUCUCUGGAAGGAUGCUCAUUGCUGACGGCAGGAGGUUUGGAGUUGGUUAUUCUGAAUUGGAAGGAACUUCAAAGGCUUACAGUAAUUUCUAGUAACAAUGUAAAAGACAGCGAAAUAACUCCUGAUCUAGCAACUCUGUUUUCUGUUCUGAAAGAGUUGAAAUGGCGACCGGAUUCCAAAUCUCUCCUGUCAGCAGGUCUUGCAGGGACUGGAGUGGGAAAUAAAGGUAGCAGAUUUUUCAAGGGAUUGAAAGGCUGA